UCCAAUCCCGUGUCUGUAUGAGUGACGCUGAAGCAGAUCGGAGGAGAGGAGCGCCCCUUUAACAGACACACACACACAUACACACCCACACACACACACACUCACUCACACUACACAACGCGACGCGACGCAGCGGAGCAGAGCGUGAGACUCUAAGCGCUUCGGUCUUGUCAACAGACCGAAAAAAAAACCCUCCUUCCUUCCUUCGUUCCCGCGUGUCAUCGCGGCUUUCUGGACGGUGGUGGAUCGCAUGUGACAUAUGAAACUUCCAGGAGGAAUUUGGCGUCCUGCUCGAGGAGAGGCGCAGUGCUUUCUGCCCCCGACCUGCCCCGGGUUUUGUUGUCGGCUCGCGUCACGGUGCUGCGCUUCACCGCCGUGUCGGGGAUAAAAGGCAGGAGCGAGGAGGAGAUAAAGCGCUCAAGUGUCUCUGCGCUCAUGAGGAGCUCCGGCAUUUCCAGCUGUUUCCUCCGUAAUCGUUUUAUUUGGAUGGAAAGCAGUAAGUCGUGCAUUACCAAACAGACUGCAAAUAUGUUCCGCCGUGUCUCAGGGGAGAUUUCCAUCGCUUCCUGUGAUGCCUUUAAACUUUUCGAAAAAUCCGUCUAAGUGAAACUAGCUCCAUUUAGGAGCGUGCCGUGACGCAUUUGACUUUUAAAUGGAAUUUGCUUGUUCCUGGGCUGGAUUACAUUUGAAGCAGGCGUGUUAUUGAGCUGGAACUGUUCUCACAUCCUGAAACCGCCACAUCCCGAGUGAAGCUGGCGCAUGAAGACCGCGCUGCGCCCUGCGUCCUGCUCAAAUUGGCCACUCGGGUGGUGUGCACCGUGUGCGAUGUAGCGCGCCUGCUCACUUUCCUCCUCCUCAUUCCCAAUAAAUCUUGGGGCUUCACCGAACAGGAGGGCCUGAAGAUGAUCCUCUUCCGCAAAUUCCGGGUCUUGAUCCUGACCGUGUUCCUCAUCGCAUGCUCCUUGCACAUCAUGAUCGACUUGUUGCCGCGGCUGGAGAGUAAAGGCGCCGGCGGCUGCUCCUGCUCACACACGCCCAGCGAGGAGCCGCGCAACUGGGGCAAGUCUCCGGGCCGAGCCGCCGCCCCGGAACCGGUCCCGCCACACAAACACACCCUGAGAAUACUGCAGGAUUUCAGCAGCGAGCCCGGCUCCAACGUGUCCUCACACUCUCUGGAGAAGCUCAGCCCAGCCGGGGAGAAGACGGAGCCGCGGAGGACAGGUGAGCACCGCGCCAAGGCGGGACAGGAGCGCAGGCAGGAGGCGCAGGACGCAGCGGGAGGGACGAGGACACGCUCCAAGCUCGCUGCACUCUUCGAGCACCCGCUCUAUAAGAUAGCGUUACCUGUCCUCACUGACCAGGACACACUGUUCAACGUCAACACCGACAUCAGAUUUGACCCCAAAGCAGCAGACAACCAAGAAUGGCAUGGACAGGAGAAAAAUGGAGAGUCCACCCCGACAGGUGAGCUCACCGCAGACUCCUACCCAAACUGGCUGCGCUUUCACAUUGGCAUCAACCGCUAUGAGCUCUAUUCCCGCCACAACCCUGUCAUCGACGCGAUGCUGAGGGACCUGGUUACACAGAGAAUCACCAGUGUUGCCAUGAAAUCUGGAGGCACGCAACUGAAGCUCAUCAUGACAUUCCAGAAUUAUGGCCAAGCCCUCUUUAAACCUAUGAAGCAGACACGAGAGCAGGAGACACCUCCGGACUUUUUCUACUUUUCAGAUUUUGAGAGACACAAUGCAGAGAUCGCUGCUUAUCACCUGGACAGGAUCUUGGAUUUUCGGCGAGUUCCUCCAGUGGCUGGUAGGCUGGUGAACAUGACCAAAGAAAUUAGAGAUGUAACCAGAGACAAAAAGCUGUGGAAAACUUUUUUCAUCUCUCCAGCCAAUAAUAUCUGUUUCUAUGGUGAGUGCUCGUACUACUGCUCCACUGAGCAUGCUCUGUGCGGGAAGCCAGAUCAGAUCGAGGGAUCUCUGGCAGCGUUUCUUCCUGACCUGGCCCUAGCCAAGCGCAAAACCUGGAGGAACCCCUGGAGGCGCUCCUAUCACAAGCGCAAGAAGGCUGAGUGGGAGGUCGAUCCAGAUUACUGUGAGGAAGUGAAACAAACUCCCCCGUAUGACAGCGGCACUCGGCUGCUGGACAUAAUGGAUAUGACCAUCUUCGAUUUCCUUAUGGGAAACAUGGAUCGUCAUCACUACGAGACUUUUGACAAGUUUGGAAACGAGACCUUUAUUAUUCACCUUGAUAACGGAAGAGGAUUUGGCAAACAUUCCCAUGAUGAAGUCUCGAUUCUGGCACCUUUGAGUCAGUGUUGCAGAGUGAAGAAGUCGACCCACUUGCGACUGCAGCUGCUGGCUAAAGAGGAAUACAAGCUGAGCGUACUCAUGGAGGAGUCACUGCAGAGAGACUCACUGGCCCCCAUCCUCAUCCAGCCCCACCUGGAGGCCAUGGAUCGCCGUCUGCGCCUCGUGCUGCAGGUACUAGCUGACUGCAUCGAGAAGGAGGGCUACAGCAGUGUGGUGGAGGAUGAUAUGAUCUUGGAAAAAAUGGACAAAACCUUGGCUCCUCUGAGGUAGUAGGUCUUCUGGCUUUCCAGCAUGUCCUAGCAGACAAGGAACUUCUCACAAGGGAAGCUCUCAACGAUGACUUUUUUUGAAUUCAGUGAAUUCCAAAGACUCCAUCUGCAUGGUCAGUGGACCAUGUCCGUCGUGUUAAAGACAUACAUGUGGACAACAUGUGCGUCGCUGCCUGAGUAUGUGGACAUUUGCGUCUUAACACAGUAUAAUGGGGGUCUUUUAUUCUUGCUCUUUAUGAGAAAGAAGAACUGUGCAUUUAACAGAGGUUUCUUUUUGUAAGUCAAAGAGCUUUGAGUGGAGUGCAGGUUAGCUCCAAUAUAUGUAGCUGCCAAUAAUUAUUUAUUAAGUUUUCUAUUUAUUUUCGAGAAUUGUUUGACCAACUUUUUUUUUUUGUUGAUACAGAAAAAACAGAUGGGUUCAGAGAAAACUUUAACGAAAUUUCAGUGUUUGUGAUAGCAUUUAGAAAGUGAUUGUUUUGUGUAUUAAAGACAUUCCUGAUAUAGCCUGAUGGAUACUAGGAUAAAAUCCUACUUACCGUAUCACGUGCUCAACAUCAAUAAAUCACAUUAACGCAAUCUGUAUGACCACCUGAAGGGUUUUUAGCAAAUCUUAUCGUAAAUAUAAUUACAGCGUAUUAGAGAAGUUGCCUAAUAUCGUGAGUUAGGUCAGGGUGUGUUCAUUUAUAAGACGAGCUGGGUUGAGAUAGACGAUACAGAGUAAAUGAGUUACACCAUAAAUGUUUGCAGUAAAUACUUGAACGGACCUGCUUUCUUUGCAUUUUUACUUUGAGGUUUAGCCUACAUGUAUAACAGUGGUACUUUGGCAACGUACACAAAAUUGCAUCAGCAUUCAUCAGUUCCUCUGCAUAUUUAAGUUUGAUUUUGACUGAUUUACAGCAUUUCAGUGGGCUUUGUAUAAACUGUGGCGUGAUCAUGCUAGGUUGGAACGCUGCUAUGUCAAAAGAUUUUACAUUUAGGAAUUCUGAGCAAGCAGGGUACUGAGAUAUGCAUAGCUGUGCAGAAAAAAAAGCUCUCUUUCUCAUUUUUUUUCUUUAUCUCAUUUAAUGUAAAGGUGACUUGGUCUCUUUUCAGCUAGUAAGCAUGAACAUGUCAGUGGGUUUUGGUCUAAAGCCUUUUAUUUUAUUCAACAAAACACUCUGUCUUGUUUAUACUAAACCUUCAUUGAAACCGUUUCUUUUUUUUUAGCAUGUGUAUUCUACGAUCAUGGUUUUGACAUUAUCUAUAGCCUUGUAUUUUCUUUACCAUUAUUUGCUGUUCUUUAUUUUUAAAGGGAGAGUGAAUGUUGGUGUUAAUGUACAAAGCAAAAACCUUAAACUGCACUAGUGCAUAUUUCAGUAUCUGUUGAAAAAAGACUUAUGUACAUAUUAUGUGAAUCCAUUUCCUGUGCAAUCAUAGAAAUACUUGAACAUGUGGGUUCUAUGUAAAUGGGUUACACAAUUAAGAAAUGGCAUUGCAUUGCCAAAUUAAGGUUUUCUGUUACACUCAUUGUAUAUUAUUUUACAGAUUUUCAUAUUGAGUUCAGUCAGAAAUAUCACUAACAUACGAACUUUAGAGACGCAUACAUGCUUUUUAAUUGCACCGUUUCUGUAUAAGGUUUCUUUUUCAUGUCCAAGUGCAAUAAACUGACCAUUGCUGCA